CGCACCGGGGCCGCUCCGCGCCGGGAGCCACCAUGGCCUCCAUCGGCAACUUCUUCCGACGGAGCCUGCGGCGCUCCGGCCGCAGAGAAGGAAAAGAGGAGGCCUCUGCUGCAGAAAACAACCCCUCACGGGUGCCGCAGGGGAAGCUGGGAGAGCGGAGCUCUGUCCUCUAUUCUGCUGGACAGUUUUUCUUUGAGUACCUGGUGGUGGUGUCACUGAAGAAGAGGUCAGAUGGACGUUAUGAACCCAAGAUAACCUACCAGUUCCCGAAGCGUGAGAACUUGCUGAAGGGCCAGAAGGAGGAGGAGGAACGUCUCUUGCAAGCCAUCCCCCUCUUCUGCUUCCCAGAUGGCAACAACUGGGCCCCUGUCACUGAGUUCACCAGCGAAACCUUUUCUUUCGUCCUGACCAAUGUGGACGGCAGCAGGAAGAUCGGCUACUGCAGGCGGCUGCUGCCAUCUGGCCGUGGUGUCCGCCUCCCUGAGGUCUUCUGCAUCAUCAGCUGCCUGGGCUGCUUUGGGCUCUUCUCCAAGAUCUUGGACGAGGUGGAGAAGAGACGCCAGAUCUCCAUGGCGGUGAUUUACCCCUUCAUGCAGGGCCUUCGGGAAUCACCCUUCCCAGCUCCAGGGAAAACCGUCACCAUUAAAAGCUUCAUCCCUGAGUCAGGCACAGAGCUCAUUGAGCUCACGCGGCCUGUGGACGCCCACCUGGAGCACGUGGAGUUUCAGGCUCUGCUCCAGCGGCUCAGCCCCCACCUCAUCCUGCACAUCUUUGCCUCUGCCGUGUUGGAGCGACGGCUCAUUUUCCUGGCAGAGGAGCUGAGCGUCCUGUCGCAGUGCAUCCAUGCGGUGGCUGCUCUCCUCUACCCCUUCACCUGGGCUCACACCUACAUCCCCGUGGUCCCCGAGUGCCUGCUCGACACCGUCUGCUGCCCCACACCCUUCAUGGUCGGCAUCCAGAUGCGGCACCUGGAGCGGGUCCUGGACCAGCCGAUGGAGGAGGCUCUGAUAGUGGAUCUCUGUGAAGGGAAGAUCCUCCGGGCGGUCGGUGAUGAGGAGGAGAUCUUGCCCAUCAAGCUGCAGAACGAGAUGCUGACAUCUCUGAACAGGCACAACAACAACAACAACAUACAUACAUCCGAGCAGGUGAACACAGUCGUCUCCGAAGCCUUCGUGCAAUUCUUCGUCCGAAUGGUUGGCCACUACGCCUCACACAUCAAGUGGAGUAAAAACGGCUCGGGCAUCUUCCAGGAGCGAGCAUUCUGCAAAGCCAUCACCUCCAAGACCAACCGCAAGUUUGUGAAGAAGUUUGUGAAGACGAACAUGUUUUCCCUAUUUAUUGAGGAGGCAGAAAAGAGCAGGAUCCCACAGGAAGCAUAUUUCCAGCAGAAAAUAACAGAGUACCACGAACAGAAGAAGCACCGAAGGGACUCCUGAAGUCCAGCCUGGGAACACAGGAGCAGGGCUGAGAUGGAGCAGGUCCCUGCCAGCACCACCACACUGCACAGACUUGAUGCGUGCCCCGUCCAAGGGCAGAGCAUGCUGGACUCUUCUGGAUCUGUCCGCCAGUUCCUACCCAUCUGUGACUCAUGAGAUGCGUGGGCAGCACCAAACACCAGUUUCUACCCUUUCUUUUUCCCUCAGGGCAUCAUUGCACUGGAAAACUCUUUUGCACAGAGCUAGCAAGCAGGCUGUGAUUUCUUUUCCGAUCUUGCUAGCAACAGGGACAAACUGUGGCUCACAGUGUCUGGCUCUGCACAGAGUCUUUGGCCCCAUCAGGAUCUCAUGCAGUGAGGGAGGGAAGUCAGGGAGCUGGCUGCAGGACAACAAAGGUGGUAGAGUAAUUGUUAGAGAAAAAAAAAAGGACAAGUAGGAAAUAGUGUUAUUUCUAAUUAAAACAAACCUAGGUUUUGCAAAUAAGUAACAUCCUAUUGAAUAAGUUUCAGAGGUUUCUAUUA